AUGGAAACUCACAAUGGAAAAUCAGUUCCAAUGGUAAAAGAUUUCCAGGUGAAUUCCUGGGUUCCAUCAACCCCAGUGAAGCCUCAUCUUGGACCGAUCUAUGAAAAUGAUGAGAUUGAAAAUUAUUUGUCAAGAUUUGCACAUCAAAAUCAGGCUCAAACUCUUUUAUCUUAUUCAAUAAGUUCUGCAGAAUGCAUCCCAAGUAGUAGUAAUAAUAAUUUUUGGGAUGUUAAUCAUGGUGAUAGAAUAAAUUUAGAGAGAGAAAAUGUAGAAAUGCAAAGAAGGGGUUUAGAGGAUUAUUUGCCUCGUUGGAGUAGCCAAGGCAGGAGGACAAAAGUAACUUAUCCUACACCAAACCAGCCACCACAGCAACAGCAACAGCAGCAUCAGCAUCAGCCGCAGCCGCCGCCGCCUCUUCCAGCGGCAGCUCAGAGUAGUUAUCCAUACUUCAAUACUUGGGAAUCAUCUCUGCACCUGAGAAAUAAUGGAGUUAGAGACAUCGGCCAUGACCCGUUAAACCACUGGAGUAAUCUCUCAUUUGCGGAUCUUUUAGCUAUGAAGGAUAAUGGAAUGGGAAAUGCAGGCUAUUUUCCAGGUUGGGAUACGAAUCCUGCACAUAGCACGGCCUAUUAUGGUAGCAACACUAUGUUCAGCAAUCAGAAUGAUGUGCAUCAAAUCAACCAGCAAAUCAGGGAUAUCUUCGGAGAUGAAAUGCAAAAUUGUGCUUCUCAUCAGUACCAGAGUGUGUGUGAUGCUAGGUCUCCUUCAACCGUAAAGCAGGCAAAUGGAAAGAAUUCUAACUUUGCUCCUGCAACUCCGGAUUCACGGUGGAGAACUGACAGUAAUGUGGCCUCGGGGAACACACCUCUUGGCACAUAUCAGGGGCCAUAUGAGCAAACUAGGUUGCAGGAACAAGAUGCUGCGGCUGCAAUGGUCAACCUUCAGAAUGCUCAAGGAGAAAUUGCGGCUCCCACUACAGAUUCGUCUCCGGGUAAAGUCUCCAUGGGCAUGGCAGUGGAGAAUCACAAUCCUGACAAGGCAGUGGACCAAGUCAUUGACCUGAACAAGACACCACAGAAGAAACCACGACGAAGAAGGUACCAACCAAAGGUCUUAAGCGAAAAGAAGCCUAGACAAACUCCAAAACCAAAGACCCCCAAGCCCACUGAUACAGAGGAAGCAACACGAGGUAAAAGGAAGUAUGUUCGGAAGAACAAGGUCAACACACCUUCAACAACUCCUCCAGCAGGAGUAACUGAACCAGGAGAGCCAAACCCAACAGGAGCAACUGAAGUAGGAGAACUAGAAUCAACAGAGGCAACUGAAGCAGGAGAAACAAAACAAACAGGAACUGCUGUCAAGUCCUGCAAAAAGUCCUUAAAUUUUGACUUGAAUGGGCAAGCAGCAGAAAGUUGCUCUCCUCAUAGGUUGAACGAAGAUUUAUAUGCAGAGCCACAAUCGGGUAAGUGUCACACUGCAGGAAACCAGUAUAGCCAAACUGUCCAUCUUAGGCAGGGAGCAGAACUGAUGGCCGAAACUUCAAGAGUGAACUUUGCUUAUGACCUUAACCGUGCCCAGAAUCAGGAACUUCUAAAUUAUCUCUCACUUCCUACAAAAGACUACGUAGACAAUUCACAGCCUGACCUGCUUGUCCUAUCCAAAAGAAAUGAGAAGGCUCUUCACAAUUUGUCAGGAAACAAUGCAGAGGUAUUACCCAAAAAUGAUGCUCAUGCAGCACAAAGUCCAAGUUCAAGCCCUUGUGUAAGUUCCAAUGAACGAGGACAAACAAGAGGAUCAAAGAGGAGUAAUGCCUACAUGACAGGUGUUGACACUGGAAGUGUGGCUUCCACGCAUUGUACCUUUUGGCAGCCAAACCACACAUAUACGGAGAAUGCAAAUGUUGGAGAACUUCACAAAUUUCUCUUUCCAGAAAUUUGCAAGAAAAAGAGAACUGAAAAGGUACAAAGGGCAUACGUGUCAACCACUUCAUCUAUUGGUGCAAAUUCUGAAGAUGUCAAGCAGGUAUCUGGCGCUCAAAAUUAUCUGAUAGUUGAUCCCACAGCAUCAAAUUACUAUAUCUGCAACCCUGACCCUUCUAGAGAUAGUGCAGUGACUGAGAACCAUGCCAAGGCACUUAUGGGAAACGUUGAAAACAGGGUGCAGUUAUUGAAUACUUGGGCUGACUUGGCUAGGUUGAAGAAGAAAAAGAGAUCAAAAGGCACUACUCGUGUACGUGAUCUGGAUCGACUGAUGGGAAUUGCAUCUUCAUUCCCUGCCAAACCAGGGCCCAAGGGUCCUCGCAAGAAGAAGACUGAUUCUUCAGAACAUGUGAAUACGUGCACUCCAAACAAUGACCUUUCUCAGAAAGAGGCAGUGGCAAGUGACGGCAUUGCAAACCCAAGAUCAAAAAGGAGAUCGAGGAAACAGAAUUCUUUAAACCAGCAGUGGGAUCUCAUCUUAUAUGAUGCUAACCAAUCUACCAGGAAAGCAAAAGAUUCCGUUCCAGCUCUACCAUGGGCAAGAACCAGCUCCAGCUCCAUUGAAGAAAUAACUGAACGACUGAAGGUGCUGGAUAUCAACAAAGAAAUCUGCAACAUUCCAAAACGACGACGGAAUGCACUAGUACCAUACCGUGCAAAGAACCAAAAGCAGAACGCAAUAGUCCCUUACCGUCCAAAGAACCAAAAGCAGAAUGCACUUGUUGUUUAUGGAAGUGAUGGCACUAUAGUGCCAUUUGACGGCCCCUUUGAUCCUAUUAGGAGGAGACGUCAAAGGCCUAAGGUUGACCUUGAUGAUGAGACCACUCGAGUAUGGAAACUUCUUCUCGAGAAUAUUGAUAAUCAAGGCAUUGACGGAACUGAUGAGGAUAAAGCAAAAUGGUGGGAAAAUGAACGAAGCGUCUUCCACGGACGUGUGGACUCAUUCAUAGCACGCAUGCGUCUCGUUCAAGGAGAUAGACGCUUCACCCCGUGGAAAGGAUCUGUUUUGGACUCUGUCAUUGGAGUUUUUCUUACUCAGAAUGUAUCAGAUCAUCUCUCUAGCUCUGCUUUCAUGUCACUCGCUGCUCAUUUUCCUCUCAAGUCAGAAGGCAGUGAAAGUAGCCUUUCAGAGGAGUCAACAACUGCUUUGGUUGUAGAACCAGAUGUUUGCAUAAUAGAACCUGAGGCAAGCAUCACCUGGAACGAGAAGGCAGUGGAUCAACAAAAUUUCAGCAGGAAUUCUAGAAUUAUGCAUGACAUGGACCACAGUGAAGAGAAGGAAGUUGUCAACAGCAAAGAACUAACUGGAAGAGCUCCUGGUUCAGUUAGCCCAAAGGAUUAUUCUAGUGAAAGCAGUCAAAAAGCCCCCAAUAACUCAAUAGUUGAUAAUGCAAAUAGCCAGACUGCAGAAACAGCAAGUAUCUUAGGAGAUGAUAGAGCAAAAGAUGAUGCAACUUCAUCACAGCACUCAGUAAUGUCGUCCCAGAACUCCACCAACUCUCCAAAUAUGCAGACAGUUGGACUAAUGAGCAUUUUUUCAGAAAGCGACUCAAGAACACAGCCUCUGACUACCAGCUCCCAAUCAAAUUAUUUUGAUUGCUCCACCUCAUUUAUGGGACUUCUAAAGAUGGCAGAGAGUCCCUUCCUUCAUGAAGCUUACAGUCAAACUCAGCAUGAUCAACCAGGAUGUAUGAAUCAUACCACAAAAUGUUCUCCACAACCACAAGGAGUCUGCUCAAACGACAACCUGCUAAAUCUAAAUUUUCAAUUAUCGGGCACCAAAGGCCUUGAGAUGUUGGAAGUAGAGAGCAGACCAUACAAUACAUCAAUAAAAGAUGAGAACAGUACACCAACAGAACAAAGCAAUGUAACUACAGAAUCAGCAGUGCAACAUGUUGCACAGGAAAAAAGUCCAGACAGCAUACCAGGACCUUUUGCUGAAAAUUUGCGCUCUUUCUAUGUUCUUGAAGGUGAGAAGAUGGUUAUGCAGUCACAAAGGCAAUCUGUAAAAGAACCAUCAGAUAAUGUUGUUGGAGAAAGUACAACUUGGAGAAGUACAAAUUUGUCCCAAGUGACUGCUGAUGUUACAGAAAGUACCACAGAAUUGAAAAGGACAAACAAUGACCAUAAAGAAGUGGAGCAUAUUUCAGUGCCAACAUAUGCAUCUGGUGCAAUUUCUGACAUGAUGAAUGCAGAUGCAAGCAAGUCAAAAAAAGGAAAGGCUGGAAAGGGAAAGAAAGAUACAUUUGACUGGGACAGUUUACGGAAAGAGGCACAGCCUAAUGGUUUCAAGAGAGAAAGAACAGCCAACACAAAAGACUCACUAGACUGGGAAGCAGUAAGACAUGCUGAUGUGAGUGAAAUUGCUGAAACCAUUAAAGAAAGGGGCAUGAACAACAUGCUUGCAGAGCGUAUAAAGGACCUAUUAGACAGACUCGUUAAGGAUCACGGCAGCAUUGAUAUGGAAUGGUUAAGGGAUAUUCCUCCAGACAAAGCAAAAGAGUUCCUACUGAGCUUUAGAGGGUUGGGAUUGAAGAGUGUGGAAUGUGUGCGACUUCUGACAUUGCACCAUCUUGCAUUCCCAGUUGAUACCAAUGUUGGACGUAUAGCUGUACGACUUGGAUGGGUUCCUCUCCAACCCCUACCAGAGUCCCUUCAAUUGCAUCUUUUAGAAUUAUAUCCAAUCCUGGAGUCCAUUCAGAAGUUCUUAUGGCCACGACUAUGCAAGCUUGACCAAAAGACAUUGUACGAGUUGCACUAUCAUUUGAUCACUUUUGGAAAGGUAUUCUGCACCAAAAGGCAGCCUAAUUGCAAUGCUUGUCCCCUCAGAGGAGAGUGCAGACACUUUGCCAGUGCAUUUGCAAGUGCUAGAUUUGCUCUUCCAGGGCCAGAAGAAAGAAGCAUUAUGCCUUCAAGUGGUUCAACACUCCCAAAUCCUCAAGCUAGCAUCAAAGCUUUGCCUUUGCCUUUGCCUUCACCCCCCUCUUGGAGCAACCAGCAGUCACAAAGCCACCCCAAUCGCAUUGAUGGUUUGCCUAUUCCAUAUUCUCCACUAGCACUCCCCUUGCCACAGGCAAAUACAGUCAAUCAUUUGGAGAAGCGAUUUCAAAAUACACACUGUGAGCCAAUUGUGGAAGUUCCAGCAUCACCAGAGCCAGAACCAGAGCAUGAACAAACAUUAUGCGACAUUGAAGAUACUUUUUAUGAGGACCCUGAUGAGAUCCCAACAAUCAAGCUCAACAUGAAGGAAUUCACUCAAACUCUACAGAAUUUUAUGCAAGCAAAUAAAGAGCUCCAGGAGGCUGGAAUGUCAAAUGCCUUAGUAGCAUUAACAGCUGAAGCUGCUUCCAUUCCCACACCAAAGCUAAAGAAUAUUAGCCGGCUCAGAACAGAACAUCAUGUAUAUGAACUUCCAGACACCCAUCCUCUCCUGAAAGGAUUGGACAAAAGAGAGCCUGAUGAUCCAUGUUCAUAUCUACUUGCAAUAUGGACCCCAGGUGAGACUGCAAACUCUAUUGAACCUCCUGAAAGAAAAUGCCAAUCAGAAGACCCAAGCCUACUGUGCAAUGAGGAGACAUGUUCAUACUGCAACAGUCAGCGAGAAGCAAACUCCCAGAUUGUACGGGGUACACUUCUGAUACCAUGUAGAACAGCUAUGAGAGGCAGCUUCCCACUAAAUGGAACAUAUUUCCAAGUUAAUGAGGUAUUUGCUGACCACGACUCCAGCCUUGACCCAAUUGCAGUCCCCAGAUCUUGGUUGUGGAACCUUCCAAGACGUACUGUUUAUUUCGGAACAUCUAUACCAACCAUAUUUAGAGGUCUGACCACCGAAGAUAUUCAACAUUGCUUCUGGAGAGGAUUUGUUUGUGUACGGGGAUUUGACCAAAAAAGAAGAGCACCUCGUCCACUCAUGGCCAGAUUGCAUUUUCCAGCCAGCAAAAUGCCUAGAGGGACGAAAGGUAAGGCAUAUGAUGAGUAGGUGACGUACUGACUGCUGAUGUCUCAAAAAUGUCAGUGAGGUUAAAGAUAAAAAUAGCAUCAUCUCGAAUUAGGAAAUGUAAGAAGCUAUUGACCUUGUACAUCCUUUACAAAGAUUGUAGGCAAUUUAAAUUCGUGCUCGAAUUGAGCAAGUUUUCUUCAA